UUAUAAGAAAUGUAAACAAGAAAGACAUGGUUGAUUUGUAUCAUUGUCGACCAGUUCUCGGAAAUACUUUAUUAUACCAUUAUUGAUACGGAAAUGUAAGUAUAAGUGCGUAGAAAUGUUGAAUGGAAUCAUAAAACACAAACCAAACUCACCAUAAAACCAAAAGAGGGAAGCCCAUUUGAACUUGUUUCCAGCUCUUAUCUGUUGGAUCUCGAUCCAUCCAUCAUCGUAAUUAAUUAAUUAUUAAGUAAAAUUAGAUGGAAGAAGAAGUAACAAGAGAUCAAAUGGAUCAAGCAUCAGAUUCGGAGAAGAUGGAAAAUGGAGCGAGUCGGAGGUUGAGCAGGAAAAAGUCAUCGGUAUCAGCAUCGCGUUCAUUCAAGCUGCGUAGCGAGAGCCUGAAUUCGUUGAGGCUGAGGCGUGUGUUUGAUCUUUUUGACAAGAACAAAGACGGCCUCAUCACUGUCGAUGAAAUCAAACAGGCCCUUGUACUGCUUGGCCUAGACGACGAGGAAGACGAUCAUAAUGAUGACAUAGAGCUCCACUCCAUUGUCACCUCCUUCAUCAAGCCUGGCUUCCAUGGCCUCGCUUUCGACGACUUUGAGUCCCUUCAUAAGUCCCUACACACCACCUUCUUCUUUGACUGCGGCGACAAUGAUCAGUUUCAGGAUGAUCAUGACGAUGUAAACCAUCACCAACAAGAUCAGGUGGAAUCUGAUCUCACUGAAGCUUUUAAGGUGUUCGACUCCAAUGGCGAUGGAUACAUCUCCGCCACUGAGCUUCAGCAAGUACUCUCCAAACUGGGUUUUCCAGAGGCCCAACAAGAGCUCCACCACAUCCAGCACAUGAUCUCCUCCUUUGAUGACAACCACGAUGGCCGUGUCGAUUUCUUUGAAUUCAAGCAUAUGAUGUCCCGUACCCUUCUUCUUCCUUCUGCUUAAAUUAGUUGAUUAAGUCUUUUCUUUUUUUAGCAAUAUGUCUACAAUUUAAGCACUCAGAUCAGCUCGUUUAACUUUUGCAUUAGUCCUGGCUUGUUCAUUUAUUGGAUCACAUAUAUCUAUUCUAAUAAUUUUAUCUGUCAUCUACUUUUAUAAUGUACAACUCUCCUGUCAUCAUAUUCCUUACUGGCUAA